GUUUGCUAGAGCUCAUACGGAGCCAAAACAGCACCAAAAUAGCGGUGCCUGCCCUCGUUGCCAUUGAUUCGGUUCGUCAUUACCCGGCAGCAGCGUCCGAAGUUGCCCAGACUCUGGCAGAGGGUGCUGACCUAAGCACAGCUCCUGACAGCACAGCGAUCACGCCGUCGCUGCGGCGCAUUCUCUAAAAUUGCUGACCAGCACAGUCUCCUGACGUGCAGCACCGCGAUCAGGCUUCGCUGCGCGCAAUUGCUCGAAAUAACCAGCUCGAAGCGAUGCUCCCGCCAGCCCAGGUCCUCGCCCACCCGAGCGUCUACCUCUGCGGCGGCGGCUGGCUCUUCUUCGUCGCCGAGAACGCGGUCCUGUCCGAGAACCGGCAGGUCUUCAUCGACCGCCUGGGCGACCGCGGCUACAAGUCCUGCUACGGCCUGCUGUCGACCUGCUCCCUGGCGUCGGUGGCGUACGGCCUGUGGCGCCACGGGCCGGGGCCGCGGGUGCGGACCGUCGGCCCGCCGUCUUUAGCAUUAGGAUCGGCGCUUACUUGUGUAGGACUGGUCGGCGCGUUCAACCUGGCCCCGGCGCUCGCGAACCCCAUGUCCGACGACUUCACGGGCUGCCCGCUGGACUUGAAGGCGGCGCGCGCGGAAAAGCCGACGGACGUCGUGGGACUGGAGCGCGUCACGCGGCACCCGCAGUUCUGGAGUUUGGGCUUUCUGGGCUUGGGCUGCGCGGCGAUGACGCCCUUCGCCGGCACGGCGGCGGCGGCCCUCGGCUUCCCGCUCGUGGCGCUCGUCAACGGCACGCACCUCGACUCGCGGCACCGGCGCGGCAUGGGCGGGUCGCUCUCCGUGGAGCGCGAGGCGAAGACCUCGGGCGUGCCCUUCGUCGCGCUGCUGCGGGGGCGGCAGGCCUGGGCGCCGCUCCUCGACGAGCUCAAGCCCGUGAACUCGGUGCUGGCCCUGGGCGCGUCGGCGGCGGUCUUUGUGGCGUUCGUCGCGACGUGAUGCCGAUGCGCUCGUCGUCGUGUGUUCGUAAGUUUAUCGGUUGUGA